AAUUCAUGUCAAAGCACUACAGAUUAUUAAAAAAGAACAUAAAAAAUUCAUUGGUCAUUGGAAAGUGGAAGAUUUCCACAGAAGAAGACGUCUAGAGAUUGGAAUUAUCCAAACGUACCUCUCUCUCUCUCUCUUUUUCUCUCUCACAGUUAAUACACAGUCUUACCAUCAUCAUCAUCUUCAUUAUUCAGCUCUAUCCGUUGAAAUCCCAGUUUUGCAGGUUGCUUUAGGGUAAGGGUUUUGGGGUUUUCUUCUUUGUCUGAAAGGGGUGGACUAAGAGCUGAUGAAGAUGGUGAUGUAUGAGAAGUAGAACAGUAAGGGCUGGUGCAGAAGAUGAGACGGGAGCAAGCGUGAUGCCGAGCUUCGAUUCUCAGUUAGCUGUUUCCAAUGCAGUGGUUGGUUAGGGUAUGAAAAAGGAUUCAACCAGAAUUGCUGUUGCGGACAUAUCUAUUCUCAAGCUGAAAAAUGAAGGGGCAGAUUUGCACAGAGGGAAAUACAACCCAUUCUUUUCGCAUUUCUGAUUUCGGGGUGUUUGAUCAAGCAGUUGGAUUUCGCUUAGAGGAUGCGGUUAACGUGAGUGGAAAUACUGUGUUUAGUUCUACAAAAGUUAGUGGUCAAGCAGUUUCUUCUGAUCCCCUUCAUAUUUACACUUCUGAUAAGUCACCAACUUCACUUGAUAUAAAUCCAUCUACCUUCCGAGUGGAGCGUCAGAGAUUGCCAUUAGAAAAGGGUCAUCCAUCAAAUCUGGUUUCUGUAUCAAGUGGUAAUAUUGAGAACUGGGAAGAGUCUGCCAUGGCUGAUGCUAGUCCAAGGACUGAUAUCUCUACAGAUGUGGAGACAGAUGAUAAGAAUCAGAGGUUUGAUAGAAGUCAAUCUAUUGCUAAUGUGGCUUCUGAUUCCAGUGACAGAUCAAAGGAUAAAUCAGAUCAGAAGACUCUCCGCAGGCUUGCUCAAAAUCGGGAGGCUGCAAGAAAAAGCCGAUUGAGGAAAAAAGCAUAUGUCCAACAGCUGGAGAGUAGUCGUUUGAAGCUGACCCAACUAGAGCAGGAGCUUCAACGAGCAAGACAGCAGGGAAUCUUUAUAUCAAGCUCAGGAGACCAAGCCCAUUCAAUGAGUGGAAAUGGGGCCAUGGCAUUUGAUGUAGAAUAUGCACGGUGGCUGGAAGAGCAAAAUCGACAAGUUAAUGAACUGAGAUCAGCAGUCAAUUCUCAUGCAAGUGAUACAGAGCUACGUAUUAUUGUUGAUAGUAUCUUGGCUCAUUAUGAUGACCUUUUUAGGUUGAAGGGUGUCGCAGCCAAGGCUGAUGUUUUCCAUUUGUUGUCUGGUAUGUGGAAAACGCCAGCUGAGAGGUGUUUCUUGUGGCUUGGUGGUUUCCGCUCAUCUGAGCUCUUGAAGCUUCUUGUAAAUCAAUUGGAGCCUUUGACAGAGCAGCAACUGGUGGGCAUUAAUAAUUUGCAACAGUCCUCCCAACAAGCGGAAGAUGCAUUGUCUCAAGGGAUGGAAGCAUUGCAACAGUCCCUGGCUGAGACACUGUCUAGUGGCACUCUCGGUUCCUCAAGUUCAUCUGGGAAUGUGGCGAACUACAUGGGUCAAAUGGCCAUGGCUAUGGGUAAGCUAGGGACCCUUGAGGGGUUUAUACGCCAGGCUGAUAAUCUCCGGCAACAAACGCUGCAACAAAUGCACCGUAUACUGACAACACGACAGUCAGCUCGUGCCCUCCUUGCGAUACAUGACUAUUUCUCCAGGCUUCGUGCUCUUAGUUCCCUUUGGCUAGCCCGCCCCAGAGAGUGAAAACCUUGUGCUCCAAAGCUGAUCGGUAAAACUAUGUAGCUGGAAAACAAAGAAAAAGAAAUCUCACUGCAAUAUUGACUCUCUAAUCCAGUACCAGCGAUACUUGGUCAUCAUUACAAUUUUUUCUUUUCUAAAUUUUCUUGUGUUGUAGUCACAAAAUUCCUGUGUAUCAUUGGUGUUAGUGUUGCAAUGUCCAUCAUAUUUAAAUUAUUGUAUGUUCUAGAAAUAGUAUUGUCAAGGAGCUACAUGUAUUUUGAUUGUUAUCAAUAAUAAUGUCAUUAUUUAUGCCAUGUGACUUGAAUUUUUAAAAUGAGUACGAAAUAUGGAGCAUGAUCCAUUUGACUGGUUA